GAUUAAUGUCCUCAGAUCAUAAAGUUGUAUGUUUAUCUGCAAAAAAGUGCACCAUUGUCACAAAAAUAAAGCAGCAGCAGAAAAUAUGACUAUGUGGAAAAUUCCUCUUUGCACAUGUGCUGGUUUGUUCCACAGGUUGACAUGCGGUCUCUUUAUUUAAUACGUGUUCAGUCGCCGCCCCUCUAUUAAUAUGCAGUGCAUUGGUUCAAGUAGAUUAUCAACAACCAAACACAGCCCCGGUGGUUCUCAGAGUAAAUCCUUCAGCCUCUGGUGUAAGAAGAAGCGCUCCUCGGCAAACAAACCAAAAUGCAAUGCGCCAUCCUCCGGUAGACUGUCAUUCUUCAUCUCUUUUUGGGGGGGUGGAUGUGUUAGUGGGGGGGAGCAGCUGCAGCUGCAAGCUUAGAUUUGUUGUAUCUGCCGGGACUGCUGGGAGGACGUCGACUGCAGCGCACUGCGAUGCUUAAGGAAGUGUGUCUGCUUGAGAUGCUCACUUGAGAUCAGCAUCAUCAGCAUCAGCACCAGCAUCCUCCGGAAGGGAGCUGGGAGGUGGCGGUGGAGUUUCUGCGCGCACCUCUGGGCGCACCACCGAGGUCUCUGCAGAGCUUUUCACAGGGAAACCGUCUCCGCUACGUGACUCCAAAGCUGCCCUGGAUCUGUAAAGGGAGGGGAGGGGGGGUCUACCGCGGCACCCCACCCGUCUCGCUUAAGUUCGACUGCAGGCACGAGGAGCAAAAACCGCGCGAUCCCCAGCGCAGGAAGCACCGACACAGCGCGGCUGGCAGCGUUUUUUUCCCCUCAGCUCCUCUCUGCACCUCUGCGUCAAAAGGUCAUUGCAGUGAAAUGGAUCUCAGCACUAACAGCAAAAACCUGCUAAAAGAUCAACAACGGAGCCUCCUGCAUGGAGGAAAUCCACUCCUCUGAUCAGAGACCUCCACCUCUUCUUCACCUGGAACAAAUGAAUGAAGCAGAUUUUUGAGGAGCACUUUCCUUGCUAAGAACUUCCUCCACUUCUCUUCUCUUUUGGGUCUGUUGUUUUCAUAGCUGCCCCCUUUCACCAGUUGCACAUCAUGCGACCUUCCCUCGCCACAGCGGUCCUGCCAGCCAGGACCCGCUCCCACAACCCUCCCAACCUGGCCGUUGGAGGCCGCGAGCAUCUCUCGGCGCCCCGUCGGCGGAGCCCUCACCUCCGGCACACCCUCAGCCCAGAGAACCUGCGGACGCUGGCAGAGAGGGGGGGCGCAGCCGUCGAUCCUACCUCAGUCGUCAGCGGUCCCGUUGGGCUCACCCGGGCCAACAGUGACACAGACCUGGUGAGCUCCCAGAGCCGGUCCUCACUGACGGCCUCCACUCUGGAGUACACUCUGAACCGAGGCCAGAAUCUGGUCAUAACCUGGGACAUUAAGGAGGAAGUAGACGCCACGGACUGGAUUGGAUUGUACCACAUUGAUGAAACCAGUCCUUCCAACGUGUGGGAUUGUAAAAACAGAGGGGUGAAUGGAACCCAGAAGGGUCAGAUCGUGUGGAGACUGGAGCCUGGACCCUAUUUUAUGGAGCCUGAGACCAAAAUCUGUUUCAAGUAUUAUCAUGGAGUGAGUGGAGCGCUGAGAGCCACAACCCCCUGCAUCACUGUGAAGAAUCCAGCCGUUCUGGUGGAGGGCCUUGCAGAGCAGGUGGGCAUUGAUCAUCCUCGGAAACUGAUCAGCUUUACACUGACAGACCUGUGUGCCACUGGCUUGAAGAAAGGCAUGUUCUUCAAUCCCGACCCUUAUCUGAAGAUGUCCAUUCAUCCCGGCAAGAGGAGCGUCUUCCCAGUUUUUAGCCAUCACGGACAGGAGCGGCGGUCGGCCAUCAUCGCAAACACCACCAACCCUGUCUGGCAUGGGGAGAAAUACACAUUUGUGGCCCUGAUGACAGACAUCCUCUACAUUGAGGUGAAGGACAAGUUUGCAAAAAGCCGACCAAUCAUCAAACGCUUCCUUGGUCAGCUGACCAUCCCUGUCCAACGGCUCAUUGAAAAAAUACCAGGAGUCCAGCCCGUUAGCUUCUCCCUGUGUCGACGGUUGCCUACAGAACACGUAAGCGGGCAGCUGCAGUUCAAAGUUGAGCUAACCUCAACCGGACCGGAUGGCGCCUCUCCUGAUUCUAUAAUUGGGAUUUCAUCCUUGAACGAAGCUCCUGGAACUCCGUCGGAUGACGAAGACUUGCCACAUCCUCUGCCGGUCGUGGUCUCUGCAGGCCCUUCUCCUACAGGAUCCCAAGCCAUGUGGGAGGGCGGAGCCACGGCCAGCCCUGAAAAAAGUCCCUCUGUUGUGGGUGCUGCUGGUAGAUUUGUGAACUCUGACUUCCUUGCGGGCCAUGACCUCCUUCAGAGGUCGCUCAGUGAAGGCCUGGAUGCCAUCGAGGCUCCUAAAGGUCCAGGCGAAAGACCUCUGGGUGCAGCCUCACCUAAAUUGCGAUCGAGUUUCCCCACACACACCAGGCUGAGCGCCAUGUUACACAUAGAUUCAGACGAGGAUGAGGAGAGGUCGGGGAUCCACGACAUUGCUCCGGUACCGUUGUCUCCUCUGCUAAUGAACGGAGAGCCUCCAGACUCCUGCGGCCCUGAUGACGAUGACAUAUUUCAGCAGGUACCUGAACAGCUGGAGCAUUCAGUGUGUGAAGAGGAACCUGCAGCGGCUGAAGACUUACUUCCUGGGGCAAACGAAGCCCCAGACGAGGAGGCAGAUUUAGCCUUUGAGGAUGUUUUGGACACAGAAGUUUUCCUGGAGGUGGAGGAGGGUCCUUUCAUAGAAGUCUCACCUGAAAACGCUCCACCAGAGGCUAUAGAGGCCACUGAACAAGGCAGAGGCGAGGACCCUUCAUCGGAAAUUGACACCUGCUCCAUGGCAACAGCACCUCAGACCGUGUUCUCGUCGUCGGAGAGCUGUCCAGUCACACUGACCACAGCUGCGGAGGCCAAUGAAGGCGCAGAGACGGCAAUAGAUCCAGGGGGGGAUGCUCAUUCAGGCUCACUAGUGACCGGCCAGGCUGUCAGCGAUGAGCCGGGUGGGCAAGUGGCUGUCUGUGAGGCUGAAGGAGCUCCUCCUGCUGCCGGGGAGGAAGGUGAGGUCGAAGAGCUGAGUGUGAGGAGGCUGAGUCUGCAGGCUUCAGGUGGAGCGGAUGAAGAACCGGAGGGGGAGGAGACAAAGACCCGAGAAGAAGUGACGCCGGAUGAAUCACAAGCUACCACCGACACAGACAGAGAUCAAGGAAGGCACGUCAACGGCCAUCCUGUCCGUUCCCUUCCCUCUGUGCGUCAUGACAUUCAUCGAUACCAGCGUGUGGACGAGCCUCUACCUCCCAACUGGGAAGCUCGGAUAGACAGCCACGGGAGGAUCUUCUUUGUGGACCAUGUUAACAGAACCACAACAUGGCAGCGUCCCACAGGGCCUCCUGCCCCGCAGGGUCUGACCCGCUCCAACUCCAUUCAGCAGAUGGAGCAGCUCAAUCGCAGAUACCAGAGCAUCAGAAGGACAAUAACCAACAGCAGUCGAUCAGAAGAAAGUUCAACCGAGCUGCCUCCUGAGCCUGACAAUGAGCUGAUGCCCCACGCCAUUUCUGAGUACCGUCGAGACAGCUCAGUCACUCACUCGGGCGGACGCUCGCGUCUCUCCCUGCUGCUUCAGUCCCCCAGCGCCAAGUUCCUGUGCAGCCCUGACUUCUUUACCGUGCUGCAUUCAAACCCCAGUGCCUACCGCAUGUUUACAAGCAACACCUGUCUGAAGCACAUGAUCAGUAAGGUGCGCAGAGAUGCUCAUUACUUUGAGCGCUACCAGCACAACCGUGACCUCGUCACCUUCCUCAACAUGUUCGCCAACAAACAGCUAGAGCUUCCACGAGGCUGGGAGAUGAAGCACGACCAUACUGGGAAGCCUUUCUUUGUGGAUCACAACUGUCGCUCCACCACCUUCAUUGAUCCCCGGCUGCCCCUCCAGAGCUCUAGAUCCACUGGGCUGCUGGCCCAUCGCCAGCAUCUUAGCCGCCAGCGCAGCCACAGCGCCGGAGAGUGCAUGCUUUUAUCACAGGUUGUCGAUGACUCUCGCCAAAGCAACACGCCCGUCAUGCCACGCCCCUCUAGCACCUUCAGCGGCUCCAGCAGGAGUCAGUACCACGACGUCGUGCCAGUGGCUUACAAUGACAAGAUAGUGGCGUUUCUACGGCAACCAAACAUCUUAGAGAUUUUGCAGGAAAGGCAACCCGAACUUGCGAGAAAUCAUUCACUCAAGGAGAAAGUGCAGUUCAUUCGCAGUGAAGGAGUCAAUGGACUGGCUCGCCUCUCCAGUGACGCUGACCUCGUCAUGCUGCUGAGCUUAUUCGAGGAGGAGGUGAUGUCAUACGUGCCGCCGUUGCUUCACCCAGGUUACUGCAUCUCCUCUCCUCAGAGCUCUCCUGGUACCCAGCGAGCAAAUGCUCGAGCUCCUGCUCCUUACAAGAGAGAUUUUGAGGCGAAACUGAGGAAUUUCUAUCGGAAGCUGGAGACGAAGGGUUAUGGGCAGGGACCGGGAAAAGUCAAGUUAAUCAUCCGCCGAGACCACCUGCUGGAAGACGCCUUCAACCAGAUCAUGUGUUACUCUCGGAAAGAUCUACAAAGGAGUAAACUCUACGUCAGCUUUGUGGGUGAAGACGGGCUUGAUUACAGUGGACCUUCCAGAGAAUUUUUUUUCUUGGUAUCAAGAGAACUUUUCAACCCGUACUACGGACUGUUCGAGUACUCGGCCAAUGACACUUACACUGUCCAGAUCAGCCCCAUGUCCGCAUUUGUCGACAACCACCACGAAUGGUUUCGUUUCAGCGGCCGUAUCCUGGGGUUGGCUCUCGUUCAUCAGUACCUGCUGGAUGCCUUCUUCACUCGGCCGUUCUACAAGGGUCUUCUCCGCAUCCCGUGUGACCUGAGUGACCUGGAGUUUCUGGAUGAGGAGUUCCACCAAAGCCUGCAGUGGAUGAAGGAUAAUGACAUUGAGGACAUGCUGGACCUGACCUUCACUGUCAACGAGGAAGUCUUUGGACAGAUCACUGAAAGAGAGCUGAAGCCAGGCGGGGCGGGCGUCCCUGUCUCAGAGAAGAACAAGAAGGAGUACAUUGAGCGGAUGGUCAAGUGGAGAAUAGAAAGAGGAGUUGCUCAGCAGACGGAGAGCCUUGUCAGAGGAUUUUAUGAGGUGGUGGAUGUACGACUAGUGUCUGUGUUUGAUGCCAGGGAGCUGGAGCUGGUCAUUGCAGGUACUGCAGAGAUUGACCUGGCAGACUGGAGGAACAACACAGAGUACAGAGGAGGUUACCAUGACAACCACAUAGUGAUUCGCUGGUUCUGGGCAGCUGUGGAGAGAUUCAACAAUGAGCAGAGGCUGCGGCUGCUGCAGUUUGUGACAGGAACAUCCAGCAUUCCCUACGAGGGUUUCGCCUCUCUGCGGGGCAGCAAUGGACCCCGCAGAUUCUGUGUGGAGAAGUGGGGAAAAAUCACCUCCCUACCUAGGGCUCACACUUGCUUUAACCGCCUGGACCUCCCGCCGUACCCAUCCUUCUCCAUGCUCUACGAGAAGCUGGUAACAGCUGUAGAGGAAACGAGCACGUUCGGCUUGGAAUAACUCGAUACCAGCUGGCAGGCGGGCUCAACCAAGAAGAGACAUUCAUUUGGAUUUGUCACUUAAGCCAGAAACAGAAGACACGACUAAUAUCCUCAAAUGGCAACUACACCCCCCCUUUUCCAUCCCCUGUGGAUAACAGCAGUUUUUCCUGACCAGCUAUACAUCACUCAGCAUGCAGGCCUUGAGCUGACUCUACUCGUUUCAUUCUUGUGAUGAUGCUGAUCCACUGAACAAUGGCAAAUGAGGAGGAACGUUUGGAGAACUGUACAAUGUAAUGUCCUGUUUUUAUGGCAGUCUGUGUCCACUGAGCCACACGUGUGCUUUAUCUUUUCAGUUGAUGGCCUUUGUUACUGCACUUCUUGCACCUCCUCUUUUUCUUCCCCUUCUUCUCCUCCAACCCACACCAGAGAUUCAGCUGCUCGGAAAAAAAUACAAAAAAAACCCCACAAUAUUUAUUUUCGUUGGACCUUAAAACUGUGUCUGCCCUGCACUUCGGUGCCGAAAACUCUCACUCCCACUCACCAUUGUGCUGCAUUUUCUUUGCAUCUUUGAUGCAAAGCAUUAUUUCCCCAGAUAUCAGUGAUCAGCAAGGACAGAUGAGACAUUUUAGACUCUAAAGUCGAGCUUAAGUGCUGUUUUCUGUCUGUUUUAUGAAAACGGAUACACUGACGUGCACAAUUCACUCAUUCAAAAUCGACAAUACACAAGUUUUCACAGUUUUUCACUUGAACGGACAAAGAGUGAGGACGUUUACAGACUGUGUCAGUGAUAAUUCUAGCAGUUUCUGGUUUGGACUGUUAACCUACAGAACUAAGGAGCUUUUACUACACGACAGAAAUGUAGUUUUGUUUCUGCAAAGACACCACACUCACAUCUGUCACACACCUAACCCAAACACAUGCAUAGCAGUUUGUUGCACUCUUAAUGGUGGUCAUCAGAGUCUGAAAGAAACACAAGGAUUCCUGUUUUUCACAGAUUUCUGAUGAGGAAUGCUCACCCUGAUUCACACAGUAAUUCAAUCAGUGAAAGGGAUGUAACCUGAUUAAGGGUGUAUUCAGAUUGGACACAUUUGGUCGGCUUAAAGUGAACCAAAUCCGGAACAAAGUUUCAGCCUGAUUAUGCCCAAGAGAAUCCUGGUCCUGGACCGCUCUCUGACCCAUCUUUUGAGGUGGUCUCGGUUCGUUUCCAAUCCAACUGAACUUCAUUUUGCUCUGAGUUUCUUCAGUCUGAAUACGAUCCGCUCUAGGAGUGAAAUAACUGAACCAAAACAGGUGGUUUUGUUUACAAGUUUUUGUCCGGAACAGAACUCUCCAGUAGAUCCCAGUCUGAAUAUAGACCAAGCGCAAGGUUUAGGACUCGAUCUGGUCCAAAUUAAGCAGACUCGGUCUGGGAAAAAUCAUGUUUCCAGUCUGAAUGCACCCUAUAAUUCAGAGGAAAAUGAAGCAACAAUAGAUGAGAAAGCAAGACCUAACCCACCUUCUAACUGCAAGGCCGACAAGUGGUGUCCCAUUCAUUCUUUCUCUGGUCAGUCAUAAGAAUGCUUAGUAACAUUUUUAGGUGAGAUUCAGAUGAAAUGUGAUGAAAAUAAAGGAGUUUCAAAAUAUAGACAUCAACAGAAGGGGGCAGCAGAAUAUCAACUUUAAUUAUGGAAUCCAAUCAGGAAACUGAUGUGAAGCUGAUGUUGUUGGACAAUGUUUGUAACAUCUUCCUCUGAAACAUCUGUUUUUUCCCACUCCUACAACCCCUUUGACCUUCACUCACUUUUCUACACGCCAGCACAUACAUGCUCAUUUUCUACAAGGUGCAUGUCAGAUUACUGUAUAGACACCUGUUGGAGUUAGACAAUGGGGACUGGAGUAGUAAUCGGCGACCCCCUUCGUGUGACGUGAGACAACGAUGGCAGACUCUAGUGUCUCCCAUCCUGCUGGCCUAAUAAUGCAUGCGGGAACUGCUUAGUCAGCUCUGUGAGCUGAGCCUGGCAGAAACUCCUAGAUGGCAUUGUGCUAUAGCUUGAAAUUGCAUGCUGAAAUAGUGCAAAAACACUGUCCUUACUAGCUUUUUUUGCAUGAGGAAAUUGCUAUCCAUGGAGACAGUAAGAUGAGGGACCUUGUUGAGUCGUGGUUAUGGCGCUCACCCGAAACGCGCAGCCUUACGCUUCCCUGACACUGUUAAAAGGGAUAUUUCUUUAAUUUUACGUGGGUCUGUAGGAGGUUUUUGUUUAACUGCAGUAGACAGAGCUCAAACUAGUCAUUUUUUAAACCAGAAACACCAAAUAAGUUUGGUCAAAUGAUGUUUAUACAUGUGUUUUUGCAAUGUGGCAUUAUAUUAUAGUCUCACAGACUCCUUUGUUAAGAAAUGUUUGGUGCAGAAGCCAUCAUCAUGUGGAAAUCUACUGUUGAUUACUUCUUAAAUUUGAUUCACUUGUUUUGCUCCAAUGAAAAUGUGUUCUUAUCGAGACCUCCAUUCUGAACGGCUUUAAUCCUCAGAUGACUGUCUACUGCAGCUGAGACACCACCUACUACUAAUUUACAAAAACCCACUAAAAAAAUCCCAACUUGUUUUGGUUUAAUGGCAGGAACUUUGUGAAUGUAUUUACAGUUUUCUCAAUGACAGUGUAUGGGUUAGCAGUUUGGCAGCAUGUUUCCAAAAAUGUUAUUUUCACAUUGUUUGUCUGCUUAUCGGUACGACGCUGAUUGUUAUGGGUCAUUGCUUAUGAUCAAGUAACAAAUCUAAAGGGCAGUUCUGACGUAAGAGAGAUACGAGAGCACAUGUAUGUGUAUUAUGUGUGCAGUCCUGGUUGCUUUUUCUGUACAUAAAUGUAUGUGUAUGUUUGUCCUGUUGUGUCCAUAAAUAUAUAUAUUUUGCACCGAAUGUACCAAAGGUUUGGGGCUUGCAAAGUCCACCACAACACAGUCUAACAAACACAUCAAACCUGGCCUCUCUCUGCCAGAUCUUACAAUACAUUCACGUCACGUUUGCUUGACAGGCAGAUUUACAGCAUGAUCAACGAAGCUUCACAUUAGAACGUACACCCUUUGGCCAGUUUGUCAUUCAUAGAAGCUGCUCCGUUGCAGAGGAAUGGUAAGACUUUGUUUCACAACCCAGAUGAACAAAGCUGCUGUCGCUUUUGUCUCUUAGAACAUUUCAGACAGGCUCCACCUCUUAGAAAUCCACUCUAUGCAAAGCUCCUGUAUGUGUCUCCAUUUCACUCCAAUGAUUGUAAUAAAAGAGAACAAGUGAAACAUUUUGAUAAAUGAUA